AUGGGCAAAGUAAAUUUUGAUCUCCCCGACUUGAUUUCCAAGAACCUGCCGUGUAAAGAUUUAGUGACGAAUGUGAAAGUUGCAGCAGCAUAUAUCUUGGGUUUCUUCGCCGUAGUGUUCCUAUCCAAUAUAGCCGGUGCCUUUCUGAGGUCUUAUCAACAGCCAAGGAUGGUUGCAGAAACCCUUGUAGGGAUAGUUGCUGGCAACAUAAUACUAACGCAAGAAGAUCACCGUGACAACAUAGUGAAAACUUUGAAUGAUAUUAUCGAAUUUGGUAUGAUUUUCCACAUGCUUGCGUUAGGUCUAGAAAUGGAUGCCCGCAUACUCUUUCAGCGGCCAACUCAGGAAGCCAUAGUGGCGUUUUCUGGGAUGCUCUCAACGUUCAUACUAGCAUACCUUCUGACUCCAUAUUUUAAUUAUUCGGAGUUCCCAAGCCAUGAAUUCACCGUCUCCCUCUCCGUCACCCUCACUGGCACUGCCUCUCCCCUGCUAACACGCCUCAUCACUGACCUCAAGAUUGGGAAAUCAGACAUAGGACGACUUUUAGUUGCAGCUGGGACGUACUCUGAUUUGGUAUCGACUCUUUUCAUCUCCAUUGGGUUUGUUAUCAUUUCAGCCGACAAAAAUCUCGGUUUCAGGGAUUCCAAGGAUAUCUUGAAGAUAACUUCUACCUUGAUAGUUCAAGUAGUGGUCACCGCCGUGAUAUCUCCUAUUCUAAUGAUCUGGGUCAAUCAUGAAAACCCGGCUGGAAAAUCUCUGAAAGGCUCCCACAUGGUGCUGUCGGUAGCUUUUGUGGCCAUUAGCUGCGGCUGUUCGGCUGUUAAAGGCAAGUACAGCCCCAUGAUGAGCGCGUUCAUAACGGGAAUUGCUUUGCCUAGGGAGGGCAGAUUGUCAAAGAUGAUGAUCAGCAAACUCAACUACUUCUUGAAAUGCAUCUUUUAUCCAAUUUUUUUUGUUUGGGUGGGCUUGGGAGUCGAUUUUCAGAUGUUCAAUCCAGGCAAUCCCUGGACAUGGGCAAGAAUGAUUUUCAUUUUUGUGAUUGCAACAUUAGGGAAAGUGGUCGGAACCUUCCUGUCAGGGCUGAUGUUAGGAUUUAAUCUCCCAGAAUCAGUUGCACUUGGUUUACUUCUUAAUGUCAAGGGCCAUUUUCAUAUGUUCUUGGCUCUUUUCACCUUCCACAUGAAGAAUCAUGAAAUGAUCAUGACGACUUCAACCAGAAUUGGUUUGACACUUGCAAUUUUCUUCACUGUGAUCUACGCCCCUUUAGUGGGGGCCUACAUCAUCAGACGUGCAAGGAAACGCUCACCAAAUCAACGGAUGGCACUUCAAUGGCUCGACUCUGAAAAUGAGCUUCGAGUCUUGCUAUGCAUUCAUGGCCCUCAACACCUGCCUUCUACCAUUAACUUCAUUGAGAUAUCUCGGGGGAGAGACGAUCCUGGGAUCAUGGUUUAUGUGACUGACAUGAUCGAGCUCACGGAGCAAAUAGAGUCCACACUUGUACACAGGGAAGGAGUGGAAGUAGUGACUGUGACCGACAGGGCUGUGAUAGAGAUGAGAGACCAAAUCACUACUGCAAUCAAAACUUAUGAAGAGGAGCAUGAAAGUGGUAUUACCCUCCGUCGAAUGCUUGCCCUCUCACCAUUCAGUGUCAUGCACCAGGAUAUUUGCCAUUUCGCAAGGGACUUGAACGUUUCCCUCAUCGUACUGCCAUUCCACAAAUACCCGGCAGAGGAUGGAAAAAUGACUGGAGCCGACUCCAAGUUCCGAUUCGUGAACAAAAAGGUGCUUCAGAAUGCCCCAUGCUCAGUGGGAAUACUAGUGGAUCGGGGUUUUGGAGUGACCAGAAAAAUAUCAAGAACAUCCAUAUUUCUACAUGCGGCAGUUAUAUUUAUUGGUGGCAAAGAUGAUAGGGAAGCACUGGUCUAUGCCAGCCACGUGGCCCAACAUCCAGGAGUGAAACUCACAGUUCUUAGAUUCCUAUUGGACGCCAAUGCAAAUUCCAAAUGUACUAGACCUGGCACCAGUAUGGUUAACCUUGCUGAGCAAGAAGAGGAGAUGCAGCUUGAUGAUGAGUUCUUUGCAGGGUUCUACGAGAGACAUGUAGGAGGGCAAGUUGCUUACAUGGAAAAGUAUCUUGCAAAUUCAGGUGAGACCAUGUCAGCUCUGCAGUCAUUAGGAGGGCAACAUGGACUCAUCAUAGUUGGUCGAGGGGGGAGGGUGAACUCAGCAUUGACAGCUGGGAUGAAUGAUUGGGAGCAGUGUCCAGAACUAGGUCCAAUAGGCGAUAUUCUAUCGGGGUCUGCUUUUGCGGUUUCCGCCUCCAUUUUGAUCAUCCAACAACAUAGUCCUAAAGAAGACUGA